AUGGACCCGUCAGAAGUCAAUAUCCCGCCGCUGAAAGACUUGACAAUCGACAACAUCACCGAGAAUGUACACAUGAUCAACUCACAAUGCGAAGACCCUCGUAUGAAAUACCUGCUUGAGCGACUCGUCUCUCACGUCCACGACUUUGCUCGCGAAACCCGUCUCAGCACGGACGAAUGGAUGGCUGCUAUUCAGUUCUUGACAAAAGUUGGCCAGAUCAGCAGCGAUGUACGCCAGGAGUUCAUCUUGCUGUCCGAUGUCAUUGGCCUCUCUCUCCUCGUCGACAGUAUCGAUCACCCCAAGCCUGCUUCCAGUACCGAGGGUACCGUUCUAGGUCCCUUCCACACACACGAAGCUCAGCUCGAAGGCAAUGGCGGUAGCAUCUCACACGACCCCGAGGGUGAGCCUUGCCUAGUCCUGUGUACCGUCAAAGACACUGCUGGAAAGCCAAUCGACAAUGUCAAGAUUGAUAUCUGGGAGACGGACAGCAAGGGUUUCUACGAUGUCCAAUACGCAGAAAGAGACGGUCCUGAUGGCAGAGCUGUCAUGAAGAGUGACAACGACGGCAUCUUUUGGUUCAAGGCCAUCGUGCCAGUGCCGUAUCCUAUCCCUCACGAUGGUCCGGUUGGUCAACUUCUCAAGAAGCUCAAGCGUCACCCAUACCGCCCUAGCCACAUGCACUUCAUGUUCGAAAAGUCUGGAUAUGACAACCUCAUCACUGCUCUAUACCUACGCGGCGAUCCAUACGAGACCUCCGACGCUGUCUUCGGUGUUAAGGAGUCCCUGCUCAUCGAUCUGGGCACCGUGUCCGCCGAACAAGCAAAAGAAUACGGUGUAAAAGAAGGUGGCAAGCUCAUCACAUACGAUUUCGUCCUUGUGACCGAUGAUGAAUCGCGCAAGUUACGCGAAGAGAAGGCCAUGGAAGCCAUGAAAAAGCUAGGAAGGAGGAUGAAGCUAUACCAGGGUCUGCCUAUACCCGAUGUCGAUUAG